AUGGCAGACAGCGAACUUGCGCCCAAGUUCGCUCCGUUCUUCUCCUUCGCCGGUAUCGCCGCUGCAAUGAUCUUCGGGUCGGCAGGAGCAGCUUAUGGCACAGCAAAGUCCGGCAUUGGAAUUGCAGGUGUGGGAACCUACAGGGCUGAUCUCAUCAUGAAGAGUUCGUGGCUGCAGUCCCUCAUCCCCGUUGUUAUGUCCGGUAUCAUUGCAGUUUACGGUCUCGUUAUCGCGGUUCUCAUUGCACAAGCAGUAGGCCCAACAACCAACAUGAGCUUGUACACAGGUUUCAUGCAUCUUGCUGCUGGAAUGUCAGUUGGUCUUACAGGUGUGGCUGCUGGUUAUACAAUUGGAGUUGUGGGCGAUGCAGGUGUUCGAGCAUACAUGCAACAGUCUCGAGUUUAUGUGGGAAUGAUUCUUAUCCUGAUUUUCGGCGAAGUUCUUGGGCUUUAUGGCUUGAUUGUUGGUUUGAUCCUAAACUCAAAGUCUUGA